CCGGUGCGCGGGUACCGGAUUGAUAUUGGUUUCCUCUCGAUUAUCCGAAUUAAAACUAAAGCUUCCUUGGAUACCGCGUUGAUUGAACCUUUUUGCGAUGGGAAACUUCCGAAAAUUUCAUGCGAAUUGCAGUUGAAAUCACUUGAAUCACAAGUCAAGUUUACGCUGGCGAUGGAAACUUGAAAAGGCUCAAAGGUCAUCAGAAGCAGCCAUGGGGAAGAAGAAAGGAAAGAAGAGUGGAAAGAAAAGUGGAAAAGGCAAGAAAGAGAAGAAGGAGAAGGAGCCUCAGAUGACCAUCAGGGAAGCCAUUUUAGCUUAUCAGAUCAAUGUCAAAGAAAAUGCAUUAGAGGAGUUUAUGUACGAGAUCAAAGGACUGGAGGAGAAACGCCAGAGGAAUAAAGAGAGGAAUGAGCGUCUGAAGGAGGAGCAGCUGUACCAUAUCAAAACGCUCCUAAAACAAGCCAAGGAGAGAGACCAGGAGCUGGAGCAAGUGACCGUCAUUAACAAGGAGCAGGUGGAGGUGGCGCUGAAGGAGAAAUGGAGAUCCUGCAAAGAGGAGGAGAAAGCUAUCGAGGACAUGAAGAACAAAAUUUCCGAGACGAUAAAGCAGUACGAGGAAGACCUGAUCCAGGUGAAGAAAUGGACAGAGUAUAAGAACAAAGGGAGCAUAGAACAUGCAACGCAUAUCAGACUUCUUCAGGAAGAGCUGGAGGACAUGCAGAAAAACUUUGAAGAAAUGAGAGCUCAUCUUGAGAGAACUCUAAACGUAGCCAAGGAAGAGAUUAAAAAGGAAACGACAGAAAGACUAGAUGAACAAAAAUACAUAGCCUCCGAGAAAGCGAUCAAAACUCUUGACAAGUUUAGUGCCCAAGAAGUCAUAGAUAAUGACUGGUUAAAGAAAGAGUUGGAGCUUCAUAAGGAAGAGACCAUUUCCCUCCAAGGGGAGGUGGAGAGAUUAGAACGGGAGAAUCUAACAGUGAUGAGUGAUCUCUUUGACUGCAGAAUAGAGGAUCUCAAAAUAUCAAGGAAGUUUUACCUGACCCAGUUUGAGGAUAACGAGGAUCUUAACGAUGGUGGAAUCUUGGAGUUUGACCUAGCUAAGUCUGCUAUCAGUCAGGGAGAAGUUCCUCCUCCAUUGGCCAUCACACAAGGACCCCGCAAGCAGAGGCCGCAGAGUGCAACCCAGAGGGCCGUUGAACAGAAAGUUUUCUCUCUCCUACCACCGGAGCAGGACCAAGCCACCAGCAAGGAGGAGGGAUAUGGGGAGAGGGGUGAAGAACUCUUUGCCCAACAUAGCGGAGAGGAAGAGGAAUACCUGGGCGGGUUGGACAACUAUCUCAACUUUGAUGAUGAAGAUUUUGAUGAUUAUCUCAAACUAGGGCCCCUUGAACUCAAGCUGUUGAGCAUAGAAGGCCACGCUAAACCCAUCCACGAGCACAAGAAACUCUCGGUCAAAGAAGAGCAAGCCAAGCUCUCCGCACCGGACGUCUGGCCGGUCACGGGGGACAUGUUGAGGUCGGCCACCCGCACUUCUAUGCAAGAGACAUGAGCUGGUGCAGACCGACUUGAUUCAUUUAUUUAAAUUUAAACCACUAGCUUUUAUAAUAUGUAUUUGAUCAAAUGUUCUUGUUCAAAUUUGCACUGGCUGUAUUAAUAUGUUUUGGAUAAUUAUGAAAUUUGGAACCACCGUUCACUUCGUAAACAGCGCUUUAUCCAGUCACACGCAUUGGUUCCUUAUUUCCACCUCCAUUCGCUUUGUACACAAGUGUGCACGUACAUAACGACGAGUGGUUCCCCAAAACACGAUUUGGCCAAUUACAAUAUGCAACAUUAUAGCACUUCAUACAAUGUUUCUAAGCGCUGCAUACUGUUACCCCGGCUUUAGCAUGGCUACUUUUAUAUAUAUUUAUGAUAAAAAGUUUAUAAAGAGUCUUCUCUGACCAAUGGACGUGGAUUUCAGUAUACAUCGGAGAGGGAAUUUAGUCAGAUCUACAUGUACCUACACGAGUUAACAUUCGAUCUAAUUCACUGGGCGAUGGCGAGAAACUUUUUACAUUAUUCAAACCUUCCCCGGAAAGCUUAGUGUUUAACUAUAUUCACAAGGGAUGAUAUAUUGCCUUAUCAUUGAUAAUCAAAUACCCAGAUAUGCAAUAUUAUGCAACCCUAAAUGUCUACUCUAUCUAAUUAUUGGUUUCCCUGAUGUAGUUGCAAGCAAACUUCCUACAUUUAGAAACGGAAGAUGAUAUGCAUUGGUAGAAGAGCUUCCUCUGAAAAAAUCUAUAGCAAUGCUAUUGUAAUAUGCAACAAAAGCAAAUCAACACAAACGAUCAUAAUCUUUAUGACAUAGUAUUUCAAUGUGUUGUAAUAAAAUGUAUAGUUAAAGAGUACAGUAGUACAAUUAUAUGAGUGAUUAUUUAUUGAAAUGUUAAUAGUUUCAGUGGGAAUUCACCCUGAUGAAAAAUUUGAUUUAAUCAAAGCAGAUGAAAUAAAGAUGUGAAGGUUUGGUGAAUAUCUGUGAAUGAAUAACAGAAAUAUGAAGUUUUUAAAGUUGGAUUUCAUGACAUCUGAGACAGCAGCUACUCCAUCCGACAUGUUAUAUAAAUUCAAGAAAAUGGAUUUCUUUUUUUAUAAAAAUGUUGUUGGGGUGAUAUAUUAUCACACACGUCCUUUCAUUCUGGCCCCUCCUAUAAGUAAAAUAUUGUAAUUCAUCAAGAUGGAGUUAUAUUACAUGACAUAUAUGGGGAAGCUGCUCACAUACGACGUCACUAAUUAAAAACUUGAAAAAAUAACAUAAGUCUUUGAUGGAUUUUCAUUAAAGUGUUAUAUCUUUGAUAGAUUUUCAUCAAACUGUUAUAUCUCAAGUAAAAAUUAACAUGAAGGCUUUACCUGAGACUUUAGGGAGGUGAUCUCUGCUUGGCUGCUAAGUAGUGAAGUGGCUUCGAAGUUCAGAGCAGAGACAUUCUUUCUAUUUAGUCAAUGAUAUUCCAUUCAGGUAUCCAGCUAUUGUUCUGUCAUUAGAUGGCAUGUACAUAACUGGGGAGCAUGUACAUUACAUUGGCAUGUACAUUACAUUGGUAUUUACAUUACAUUGGUAUGUACAUUACAUUGGCAUGUACAUUACAUUGGUAUUUACAUUACAUUGGUAUGUACAUUACAUUGGCAUGUACAUUACAUUGGUAUGUACAUUACAUUGGCAUGUACAUUACAUUGGUAUGUACAUUACAUUGGCAUGUGCAUUACAGCUGGUAUUUAUAUUCAGAGGUACUUCAAUAGUACAUACAGUAACAAAAACGUUUGCAAAUAUUUUUCUCUUAUUUUGGGGGCUUUUAUUUUAAAGCCAACUUAUUAUCAGGGUUGAGCUUCCCCUUCGAACCAAUCUGUAGUCAUGUUGUGAUAGAUUACUAUCCAGGGUGUUUCAUAAAGCCGUUCUUCAGCUUGUAGAAAACAAAAACAUUGUAGAGACUGGAAUAUGAAAUAUCAAAGUUAGCCUAAAUUUUCAAUCAUUUUGAAACAAAUUGUGACUAUGACACAUUUCAAAUUAUUUCAUUGAAAUAAUGGUAAUUUACAGAUUGUGUACUAAGUGUUUUGUAAUUUCACAUUCAGCUUCAUGAACCAUCCCCAGGAUUUACUCUUAAGUAAAUAUAUAGGAACAUAAGUGUACUAAUAUCCGUCCAGAGGGCUGUUUCAUAAAGCUGUUCAUAAGUUAGGAGGGACUUUAAGAACAACUGUUGAUCCUUACUUGUGGUAAAUGAUAUUCACCAUUGAAUGUUCAUUUGGUGAUUAUUUAGCGCAUAAGAAAGGUUCACCAGUUUGUUCUUAAAGUUGCUCUUAACUUACGAACAGCUUUAUAAAAUGGCCCCCAGGGCCCUGUUACCAUAAAGCCCAAUGAUUGAUCAUAAGGUUGAUUUAUACGAUUGAUCACACCCAAUAAUCAAUGUAAUCAAUCAUAGACAUCAGCCCAAUAAUCAAUCACUAAGCUUCAUGUUACAGGGCCUAGCUAUCAUAUGCAUAUUUACCCUCGUGCAAUGUGAAAUCCUCUUCGUAUGCAAGGAAUUAUUUUAAAGGGAUUUCCAUUAAAGUAAUUAAAUUGUUCUAAAAGAGCAGUAAAAGUGAACAAGGAUUUCUAACAAUUAAUGCAAAUUGAUUUAACUUUUAAAUCAAAUCAAUAUUAAGGACUGUAUGUCAAUUUGGCAAAUUGGUCUCUAAAUAUGUUAACCUCUUAACAUGUCAACAUUUUACUUUUUGGUGAAUAAUAUCACCAAAUUCCAUUUCAAUCAAGAGAUUCAGUUUUGACUUGUUUAUGAACGAAUGACUCAAGAAAUAUUGAUCCAAUUGCAUAGACUUUCAGAAGGAAAAAAAUGCUUUUAGGUCAUUUUCGUAUCACUUGGAUAUUUUCAAAAAGUUACAAUCAGUUUUAAGUAUACUAUUUGAAGUCUCUGAAUAUUAGUUUUGGCUACACUGUUAAUCGCAUAUCCACCAGUACAGAGGUGAAUUAUAAAAUGACACUUUCUGACCACAUUGUCAAUUUGUCUUAACUUAACAUUUUAAGGAUUUAGAAUAAAAUGAACGACUUUCAAUUUGUCAUCUAUCUUUUUCCUAUCAUUUUGCACUGAAUAAUUUUUAAUAUUUCUGCUUGUAAGAUGUGAUAUUGGAAUAUUUCAAGGGAUUAAAGUCCCCUAUAAUUAGUUUUAAGCUGAAAUGCAAAUGAUGUAUUUCCAGCUUUUCUACAGAAAAAGCUUUAAUUGUAUACAUGUAUGUGUAUGAGAUUAUUUAAAAUGGGGCAAUGAAAAAAAUGUUUUGUAUGUUAUGUUUAUACAUAUGUAUAAAAGACUCACUAUUAAAUUGUUUAUUGUAUAUUCUUGAA